AUGUCCUACCUCUCUCAAUUCGAAGCCACAUCCACGCCCCGAGCACCACCACCCACGACCGAAGCAAGCAACAUAGACAACACCACCGCCAACCGCAUCUCCACCGCGCCCUACAAUGGCGUCGAGCUAGACCUAGGCACCAUCGAGGCGAUCCGCGCCGUCACCCCCGUCCCCGACCAGACCAUCUCCUUCCCUGCCUACAUGCCAGACCGCCGGACAUCACCAUCAGACAACAAGCACCGUCCCGCCAGCGAGCACGACUCUGGCCGCGACACGGCGCCCGUGCGGAUGAAGAGCAAGCUGAAGCACCUCUGGCGGUCGGUGAAGAAGAGCAUGGCGCGUGGGGUGGGGAAGAUCUUCGGUGGGAGCAAGGAGGAGUAG